CACUAUUGUUAUCUUCUAUUUGGUUAUCAUGAAUUCCUCUGGUCCUUUUUUGGAGUUGGUAAAUGAACAAAUUGUACGGACUUCUCAAGAAUUACAGCGUUCUACUUGUACUUUAGAACAAGAAACCAAAGCCUCAAAAGGUGCCAUUGAUGGCAACAAGUUGGAAGCUCUAACUGAGGAGGAUAAGGUUGCUAUUCGAUUCAAUGCUUUUGGAACAGCUGCAGGGUUCUUUGUCAAUGGAUAUAUGUAUGAUAUCAACUCUGUUUUAUUGACCAUGUUUUCGGAUAUUUUUCCCAGUGUCAAUGAUGAUAAUACUUUACAAGCAGCCGUUGGAGUUUCCAUGUUGUAUGGCGUUAUGUUUGGACUGCUUAUUUUUGGGUUCAUAGCUGAUUUCUUUGGUCGAAAGAAAGGUCUCAUCAUGUGUUCUUGUUUUGUUUUAUUGGGAAAUAUUUUGGGAGUUGCUAUGAAUGGAACGAGUCAUGUUGGUGCUAUAUGGAUGAUGGUCAUUGCUCUUGGAGUAGCUGGUAUUGGUAUGGGUGGUGAAUAUACUUGUAAUGUACCCAACGUGAUGGAAGACAGUGAGCAGUUGGAUACUAAGAAUCGAGGUAGAAGAGUAGCUAUUCUUGUCAUGUGUUUGGAGACUUUGGGAAAUUAUGCUCCGUUUGUCGUUCAACUCAUAUUGAUAGCCAUUGCUUGUAGAAAUGCAUAUCUUGGAGCAGCAUCUGGUUGCAACUGGAAUGUGGUAGCCAGACUUUCAUUUGGAAUAGCAACCAUUCCAGUGAUUACUGUUUUAAUAUUUCGUACUAAGAUGAAAAACUCCCUCAUGUUUAAAAAGGAACAACAACGCAAAGGAAGAAGAUAUGAUGUGUUGGAUCUGUAUGUCAUUUGUCGUCACUUUAUACCACGUACGGUAGGAACCGUCAUUAUGUGGUUUCUUAUUGAUUGGAUCAAUUACAGUCAAGGAACCUUUGGAAAUCUUAUUCUCCAACAUGUUAUUGGAGUAUCAUUAUUCAAGUCUGUAUGGUUAUCUUUAGCUGAAGGAGCUGCUUGGGGUGUUUGGAUGCCAUUUGUUGCAGCUUUUGUGGUUGAUAAGUGGGGACGUAGAAAGACAGAAAUGUUUGGUUGGUUGUUCUUAGCAGCUACUCAGAUUAUCAACACUGGAUUCUUUUGGCAAUUGAAAGCCCAACCCAUUGCUUGGAUCAUAUGGAGUACAUUUGUUGGAGGGUUUCAAAACUUUGUAUUUAUACCAGUUUAUUUGGUUCCUGCUGAAGCAUUUCCUACCAGAAUUCGGGCCACUAUGUAUGGUAUUGCAUCAUCCUUAGGAAAGAUGGGAGGUAUUGUAGGCACUACCACUUUUCCAACAAUAUGGCGUAAUUGGUCAGGUGGAGUACAACAAAAUGAUGAAGGAUUAAGAAAGACGAUGUGGUUUUAUGGAGGAAUGGAAUUUCUAGGUCUCAUUAUUUGUACAUUUUUUGUUCCCGAAUAUUCUCAUCGUUCCUUACUUGGAGAAGAUACCAGGUUUGUAGAAUUGCGUCGUCGUUAUGCUGCACGUUUUGCCGUCCAUUGGGGAGUGGGUCAAGAACAGUUGGACCAAGUACAAGUUGAUGGAGAUUUCAACGGGUUGGGAUUUCUUAAAAACAAAUGUUUCUCAUCUGCAUCCCAAUAUCGUCAAUAUUGUACUUCAUUUGCUGCUUAUUUAGCAAGAAGAGAAAAUUUGUUGACCAAGAAACGACUCGAUUAUGUAGCUUCCUUACCUGUGGAUUACAAGGACCUUACAUUGUUUUCAGCAUAUUGGAACACAUAUCGAUUAGGAAAACAAAGAUAUGCAGAAUUUUUAAAAAAUUCGGAAGAAAUGGGAACUUAUGAUCCUCGUUGUGAAGAAGAAGAUAUUCUCUUUCAUUCAUCAUCAUCCUUUGAAAAAGAUUCAGAGAAGAAUGAUAUCUAUUUUGAAAGCUCUGUGAUAGAAUCCAUGAAAACCGAUAAGUGAUCAUUCAAAGAGAUGAAUAAACUCCAUUUUGUUGUG